AUGAUAAAACAACAAAAAAGAUCAUACUCACAUGUUGAUAAUGAGGUUGGUAAUAUUAAUGUUAGUGAUGAGGAAAAUGUAAUAAAAAGGCAAAGAAAUGAAAGUAGGAGUAGUACUAGGUCAUAUAUGGAUGAGGAUGGAAAAAGUAUUUGUGCAACUAGUACUGAGAUGCGUAUUCCAUAUUGUUUAUUAUUACCAAAUAGAGCUAUAGGAUAUGUUAUUGGGAAGUCAGGUAAUAAUGUACGUGAAAUAGAAAAGGCGUGUGGUGCUGUUAUAAAAUGUCAAAAAGAAUUUGAUAUAUCUGUAUAUCCUCCACCGUCUGAAAAAAUUUUAACAAUAUUUGGAAAAAAAGAAAAUAAAAAAAAAGCAUUAGAAUUAGUUCUAGGCAAAUCGAAAAGUGUUAUGGAUUUUCAAGAAGAAGAUGGUAAAGAAUCUAUAGUUAUAAUUGUUCCUACACGAUCUAUUCCCAUCAUUAUCGGUCAAAAAGGUUCUAAGAUUUCUUCAUUAAGUGAAAGAUCUUCUUGUGAAAUUAAUGUUCAUAAGGAUGAAGUUCCAGGUAUAAAAGAUAAAGCUAUUUUUAUUAAGUCAAAAAAAAUAAGUAAAAUUAUUGACUGUAUAGGUAUUAUAUAUGAUUUAUUGGAAGAUGUUGUAGAAAAUGGAAUUUUAACUAUUUCUGAAUUUCCAGGAGUUCCAAAAAAUGAUAUAAACAACAAUAAUGAUGAUUUAAUUGAUAAUGAUAAUAUUAAUGAUAAUGAUGAAAAUAAUAAUUUCGAUGAUCAUAUUAGUGAUUAUAAUAUUAAUAAUAAUAUUAUAACUAAUAAUAUGAACAAUAACAUGAUGCACAUCAACAAUAAUAAUAAUAAUAAUAAUCGUAUGCAUCACAAUAAUUCAAUUAAUUAUAGAAAUAUAAAUAAUAAUAAUAAUAAUCCACACUAUCAACAUAAUUAUAAUAAUUCUAAUAUGAAUAACCCAAAUAAUAAUUCCAAAUAUAUGAAUAUGAAAAAAAAUGAUAAUUAUAUGGACGAUAAUAUGAGUAUUGAUGAUAACGAUAACUAUUCUGUUCCUAAAGAAAAAAAUUUACUCCUUCAUAAAUAUGGUAAAGAAGUUAGUCCAUGUGUUGUUCGUUUUGUUCUAGAUGUAGAAACUACUGCAUGGAUUAUUGGAAAAGCAGGAUGUCAUAUUAAAGAAAUCCGAUCGGUUACUGGAGCAGGUGCAGUCAUAGUUGAUGCGCCUGAUAAUAUUGAAAAUGUAAAAACAUGUGAUCGUAUUUUGACCUUAUCAGGUUCAGCAGAAAAUAAAUUUAAUGCUUUAAAACUUAUUGUUAGACAAAUGGAAGAAAGAGAAAAAAAUAUUAAUAAUCCAAUGCGUAUGUUAGUACCAGGUAAAGCAGCUAGUUUUUUAAUAGGAAGAAAAGGAUCUAUUAUUAAAUAUAUUACUGAACAAUCAGGUUCACAAAUUCAAGUAGCCAAAAAUAAAGAAAGUGAAAAUGAAAAAUUAGUAUUAAUUACAGGUUCACCAGAAGCAAAAAUAUUAGCAUCUGUAUUAGUCUUACAAAAAUUAGAAGAAUAUGAAAACCCAGCUAUAGCAAGGGAAGGUCUUGUCAUUCCAUUAAAUGAUAUAUAUUAUAAUAAAAAUAAUAAUAAUAAUAAAUAUUCUAAUCAUAUGAAAAAAAGUGUUAAUCAUAAAAUGAUGCAUAAUAAUAAAAAUUCUAUACACAAUAAUAAUAAUAAUAGCGAUGAUCAUUUUAUGCCAUCGAAUUCUCUUCCUAAUCAUCAUUUUCAAAAUAACGAUAAUCAUAUGAAUUCUAAUAAUUAUACAUAUGAUAAUCAUAUACCCAAUAAAAUAAAUACUCACCAUAAUAAUAAUAAUAGUAAUGAUAUGAAAACACCAGUUGAAAAUAUGUUCCUAGAACAAAUAUAUAAAUCCUUCCCAUAUGCAUCCUUGCCUAAAAUUAUAUCUGUUAAACAACCAUAUACCAUCGAAUUAAAUAUGCCUGAUGUAUAUUUAGAAACAUUCGAUUCUCAAAAUAAAAAUGGAAAAUCUUUAAUUGACGAAAUUGUUGAAAAAUCGGGUUGUAAUAUUUCUAUAUGUACUGAUUCAAAUGAUUCUUCAUCUUAUACUUUUAAUGUUUCCAUAACGGGUUCACCACUAGCUAAUUCAUUGGCAAUUCUUAUGAUACAGUCCAAAAUUUUUAAAUUCGACUGGUUUUGA